ACCGAUUGGUCGGUUUCUCUUUGUCCGUACACUGUCCACCCAUGUCAAGUGUUCUCUUAAUUAUUAAGUCUCUUCGUAUUACUACUACUAAAGACAAUCUGAACAUUUUAAUCCAUUGGAAGGCCAAGGAAAAAGAUAAGAUUGGAAUCAGAGAUGGGUUUUCUAGGAUUUGCAGUAACGUGCUUUGAUGUUCUUGCUUGGCCGCUAGUUUCUCUGGGCUAUCCUCUAUAUGCUUCAAUUCGAGCUAUUGAGGGCAAGUCAAACUCGGACAUGCAGAAGUUGAUCACAUACUGGAUCCUUUUCUCUCUAAUUUCUCUCUUGGAACUUGGUUUUUCAAAACCCAUUGAAUGGCUUCCGUUCUGGCCUUACAUAAAACUCAUGGCCAUCUCCUAUUUGGUGCUACCUCGCUUUGAUGGUGCCUAUCAUGUUUAUGUGUGCCAUGUUCGUCCUUACUGUCAUGUGAACCCACAAGUUGUUAUCAACAAAUUCAAUGAGCUGAAGGAGUUAUCUCACAAGGAGGAAAAUUUUCUGGCUAUGGCAGACAAAUAUGUUGAAGAGAAUGGGUCUGAAGCCUUGGAGAAACUCAUUGCAAGCAAGUCAAAAGGUACAAAACCUAGUUAUGAUGAGGAAGAGAUCAAGGAAGUUGCAAAUACAGAGAAAAAAGAAGUGGACGCAGCAAUCGAGCCUAAGUGCAACGAUCCUAUUGUGUGCAACGAUCCUAUUGUUAUUCAGAAAGACAUCAAGGCAGUGGAACAAAAAGAGAAAAAUGCAGCAGCUGGGGCCCCUAAGGGCAAAGAUCCUAUUGUCGUUCAGAAAGACAUCAAGGCAGUGGAACAAACAGAGAAAAAUGCAGCAGCUGAAUUCCCUAAGGGCAAAGAUCCUAUUGUUGUUCAGAAAGAUAUCAAGGCAGUGGAACAAACAGAGAAAAAUGCAGCAGCUGCCGCCCCUAAGUCUAAGGGCAUAAUAUUCGGCGAUGUUCCACAGGCGGUGCAAUAUAUCAAGGCAGUGGAACAAACAGAGAACAAUGCAGCAGCUGCAGCCCCUAAGUCUAAGGGCAAAGAUCCUAUUGUUGUUCAGAAAGAUAUCAAGGCAGUGGAACAAACGGAGAAAAAUGCAGCAGCUGCCGCCCCUAAGUCUAAGGGCAUAAUAUUUGGCGACGUUCCACAGGCAGUGGAACAAACAGAGAAAAAUGCAGCAGCUGCGGCCCCUAAGGUGAAGAAUGGAGAGAAAAAUCUUGCUCAUGCUGAGAAGAAAACAGAUGCAACUGUGGAGAUUAACGAAACAACAGCAACAUCAGUAGCUGGUGGUGGUGGAGAGAACAAACUUCCGGAGGGAACCACUUCAAAGAACAUUCAGAAAGAAUGGGCUUGUGCUCUAUGUCAACUGAAAUGCAGCUGUGAGAAAAACUUGAAUUCCCAUCUUCAUGGGAAGAAACACAGAGAGAAAUGGGAGGAGCUGAAAGCAAGUAUGCGAACUAAUAAAAACAAGGGUUCCUCGUCUACGACAGCAAAUAAAUCUGAUCAAACCAAUCAAGAACCUGAAAAGCGCAACAAGCAGAGAAAUCCAAAGAAUGCUGGUACUCAGAUGCAGCAGUCUAUAUUAUGGUGCAACAUCUGUAAUGUAAGGUGCCCUGGAGAGAUAGAUAUGGCCUGUCACCUUAAAGGGAGGAAACACUUGACUCGGGUUCAAGAAGUGUAUGGCUGUGCAGGUGGUGGACAGGGUUAGGUUUUCGGUUAAUGAUGUUAAAAUGGAUUUGAAUGUUUCAGGCAUACAAGGAUGGUAGCUGAUUCUCACCUUUUUGUUGUCAGGGAAAAAAGGUUUAAAAUUGGAGAUAAUGUAAUCUCUUGAUUUUAGGUUUUAGUGAAGAUGUUUGGAAAUUGAAUUUUUAUUUCUUCACCGAGGACUUUGUGGUUUCAAAGAAAAAAAGUGCAUGUCUUUAUGGA